AUGUCACCACACGCAAUUCAAGAAAAUGAAGUUCCCACGGGGACAAACAACUGGUGGAAAGAGGCUACUGUCUACCAGGUCUAUCCAGCUUCCUUUUAUGACUCCAAUGGUGAUGGCUGGGGCGACAUCCCCGGUGUUGUUGAGAAAGUCCCCUACCUGCAGUCGUUAGGCGUCGAUGUCGUGUGGUUAUCGCCAAUGUAUGACUCGCCCAUGCACGACAUGGGCUAUGAUGUCUCCGACUAUGAAAACGUGCUACCCGCAUAUGGAACCGUGCAAGAUGUGGAGAACCUCGUGGAAGCUUGCCAUUCGCGAGGCAUGAAAGUCAUCCUGGAUCUUGUCGUCAAUCACUCCAGCGAUCAACAUGCUUGGUUCCAAGAAAGCCGGAGCAGCAAAGACAACGAAAAGCGUGACUGGUACUUCUGGCGCCCGCCUCGAUAUGAUGAUGCUGGAAACCGGAUGCCCCCGAGUAAUUAUCGGGGUUAUUUUGCCGGCAGCACGUGGACUUGGGAUGAGAAGACAGAAGAAUACUACCUACACCUCUACGCCAAAGAGCAACCUGAUCUUAACUGGGACAACAAAGCCACGCGUGAGGCCAUUUACAACAGUGCUGUUCGCUUUUGGCUCGAUAAAGGCGUCGAUGGCUUCCGAGUUGACACCGUCAACAAAUACAGCAAGCAUACAGACUUCCCCGAUGCCCCUGUCACGGAUCCCAAGAGCUAUAUACAACCUGCCAUUGGGAUGUGGUGUAAUGGGCCUCGAAUUCACGAGUUCCUGCGUGAGAUGUACGACGAUUCGUUCGCUCCCUACGGGGAUGUCAUGACAGUCGGCGAGCUUGCCAAUACUCCCGAUCCAAAGAAUGUCCUUGAGUACGUGGGUGCGUCUGCCAAGCAACUGAGUAUGGUGUUUCAUCUGGACAUUGGACACAUUGGCAUGGGACCCAGUCUGGAAGAAAAAUACAUCUUGACUCCGUGGAAGCUGACCAAGAUGAAAUCGAUCGUGGAGAAAUGGCAGACCUUCAUCGAAGGCACCGAUGGUUGGACAACUGCGUUUUGCGAAAACCAUGAUAAUGGGCGGUCCGUCUCGCGCUUUGCAUCGGACUCUCCGGAGUUCCGAGAGAUCUCUGCCAAGAUGCUUGCUCUAAUGAUGGUUACCAUGACCGGCACUCUGUUCAUCUAUCAAGGUCAAGAGAUCGGCAUGAUCAAUGCCCCUCGUGAAUGGCCCAUUGAGGAGUAUAAAGAUAUCGAAGGGCUGGGCUACUACCGCGAAGCAGAGCGGCAAAGUGCUGGAGGCGAUACCACGCGCAAAGAUCUCAUCAUGAAUGGUCUUCGUACUCUGGCUCGUGACCACUCCCGAUUGCCGAUGCAAUGGGAUGACUCCGCCCACGCCGGCUUCACUACCGGGCAGCCAUGGAUGCGUGCGCAUGAUCUUUACAACGAGAUUCAUGUGAAGAAACAAGAAAAUGAGUCAUCCAGUGUGCUCUCAUUUUGGAAAGAUGUUCUGCGUCUGAGAAAAGAGCAUCGAGAUCUCUUUAUCCAUGGUGCAUUCGAGGUUCUUGACUAUGACAAUCUAGAAACGUUUUGCUUUGUCAAGUCCAGAGAUGACGCACGGGCAUUGGUUGUUCUCAACUUCACGGACCAAGCGCAACCAUUCACUCAGGUUGAUAAGACUAGGGGCAUGAAACUACUAGUGGGAAACUAUGCUGAUUCGCCACUCGAAACGUUGAAGGCCUUUGAAGGGCGUGUUUACAUAUAG